AUGGGCGUGGAGAACGGCAGCAGCCCCAGCCCCGCCGACGACGCGGCGGCGGCGGUGACCGUGACCGGCGCCCGCACCGUGGCGCCGGCCAAGAACCGCUGCACGCUGGCCACCUUCGACCUCCCCUACAUCACCUUCUACUACAACCAGAAGCUGCUCCUGUACCGCGCCGCCCCCGACGUAGUCCCGUUCCCGGACGCCGUGGCGCGCAUGACGGCCGCGCUCGCCGACGCGCUCCGCGUCUUCUACCCGCUCACCGGCCGCAUCCGCCAGCAGGACGGCGACGGCGCGCUCGCCGUCGAGGGCGACGAGGGCGCCGAGGUGUUCGAGGCCGAGGCCCUGGGCGUCGCCGUCGACGACCUCGCCGGAGGGGACUGUAGCGACGAGGCGGAGAAGGUCAUGCAGUGCCUCGUGCCCUACACCGGCGUCAUGAACCUCGAGGGCCUCCGCCGCCCGCUGCUCGCCGUCCAAUUCACGAAGCUCAAGGACGGUCUGGCGGUGGGAUGCGCCUUCAACCACGCCGUGCUGGACGGCACCUCCACGUGGCACUUCAUGUCCUCAUGGGCCGAGCUCUGCCGCGGCGCCCCCCUGUCGGUGCAGCCCAUCCACGACCGGUCCCUGGCCCGGUCCGUCCGCGUGCGGCUGGAGCUGCCGGCGUCCGCCGAGGCCCACGAGAAGACGGACCCGAACGGCCCCAAGAAGGCGCUGGUGGCGCGCGUGUUCUCGUUCCCGGCGCCCACCGUGGCGCGCAUCAAGGCCGCCGCCAACGCGGCGCUCCCGCCGGGCGUCGCCGCCGCCCAGCCCUUCUCCACGUUCCAGGCCCUGGGCGCGCACAUCUGGCGCGCCGUGUCCCGCGCCCGCGGGCUGGGCCCUGCCGACAUCACCGCCUUCGCCGUCUUCGCCGACUGCCGCGCCCGCCUCGACCCGCCGCUGCCGCCGGCCUACUUCGGCAACCUCAUCCAGGCGGUGUUCACGGGCGUGCCCGCGGGGAUGCUCCUGGGCGGGCCCCCCGAGCUGGCUGCGGGCCUGCUGCAGAAGGCCAUCGGCGAGCACGACGCGGCGGCGGUGGCCAGGAGGCUGGAGGAGUACGAGGCGGCGCCCAAGCUGUUCCACUACAGCGACGCCGGGCCCAACUGCGUGGCCGUCGGCAGCUCGCCGAGGUUCAAGGUCUAUGACGUUGAUUUCGGAUUCGGGCGGCCCGAGCGCGUCCGCAGCGGCGGGAACAACAAGUUCGAUGGCAUGGUGUACCUGUACCCGUGCCGCGGCGGCGACGGCGGCAUCGACGUCGAGCUGGCGCUGCAGCCGGAGCCCAUGCAGAGGCUGGAGAAGGACGACGACUUCUUCCUCCGCCAGGCGGCAGCCUAG